AUGGCCUCCUUCAUGUCUCAGCUUGUUGGACAAAGUCGGUAUCCAGAUGCUAAGGUGAUCAAUUUCGGCACAUGGUUUAUCUUCAGCUUCCCCAUCGCCAUCAUCAUGCUGGUCCUCACCUGGCUGUGGCUGCACUUCCUCUUCCUGGGCUGCAACUUCAGGGAAACGUGCUCAUGGAGUAAGAAACGCAAAACCAGGAGAGAGAUGCUGUCAGAGAAGAGGAUCCAUGAGGAGUAUGCCAAACUGGGACCCAUCAGCUACCCAGAGGUGGUGACCGGUGUUUUCUUCAUCCUGAUGACCCUGCUGUGGUUCACCAGAGAGCCAGGUUUUGUGCCCGGCUGGACAUCCCUAUUUGAGAAGAAAGGCUACAGGACAGACGCCACAGUCUCUGUACUUCUGGGCUUCCUGCUCUUCCUCAUCCCUGCCAGGCGACCUUUCUCCUCCUCCUCUUCCUCCAGUUGUAGGAACACAGAGUCCGACCCAAUGGCUCCCAUGAUCACCUGGAAGGACUUCCAGAAACUGAUGCCGUGGGAGAUCGUGAUCCUGGUGGGAGGCGGCUAUGCGCUGGCUGCUGGUUGUAAGGUGUCAGGCCUGUCAGUGUGGAUCGGCAGACAGCUGGAGCCCAUGAGUGGUCUUCCUCCGUGGGCCGUCACCCUGCUGGCCUGCCUGCUGGUGUCAGCGGUCACAGAGUUUGCCUCCAACCCUGCGACUCUUACCGUCUUCCUGCCCAUCCUGUCAGCGCUGUCAGAGACUCUGCGCAUCAACCCCCUGCACACACUGAUCCCCUCCACCAUGUGCGUGUCAUUCGGGGUCAUGCUUCCAGUCGGGAACCCCCCCAACGCCAUCGUCUUUAGUUACGGCCACGUGAAGAUCAGCGACAUGGUGAAAGCAGGCUUUGGGGUGAAUCUGAUCGGCGUGGUGGUGGUGAUGUUAGCCAUCAGCACGUGGGGGGUUCCCCUGUUCAACCUGAAUGAGUUUCCAGGCUGGGCAGUUGCCAGGAACGUCACUGGGGGCUUAUAACCACCACUGAAUAACUGAGAGACAGAGAGAGACAGAGAUGGGGCAGUGUUUCUGAAAAAUAAAAGACAAAAAGAAAAUGAUGAAAAGAGGACCGUCUUGCUCAGAGUUUAGCCCUUUAUUAGACGGAUAACUCUACCUGAAGAAGAAGAAGAUGAUGAAGAAGAAGAGAGCAUAAACAAUGCCUGUUGAUGCAAUAAUAAGUAUUAUAUUUGAAUAACAAGGACAGAAUGCCUUUGUCACGGUGGCCUCUGUGCUCUAACUUCCAGUCACAGGAUUUUUUUACCAUCGUCAACCAAGUUUGAUGGAGAUUCUGUUUUCCACAAAAUCAAUGAAAAUAUUACUCAAAAAUACAAACAUACAGUAUUUAUGGUGAUCAUUAAGUUGUUUUGAUUCAAAAUAGCGAUUUAUAAACUGUUUUCAGGGCCACAUCAUGCCUUAUUAGUUGAUGUUUAGAUAUAAAUAAGCUAUAUGGCCAUACUACUGUAAGUAAGCCUCUUUUUACUGCAUGCUUCCUGCUUUACUUUAUGUAUGAUUCUUUAACCAGAUCAUCAUGGAAAGAUUCCUGAGAGAAUUUGAAGUAUAAUUCUGAUAUAUCAAGUUGUCUUUACUGUCCGAUGUGAAGCCAGAUAAAUGCAUGAGAAGAGGCUUCUACUAAGGCUGAUAAUGUACUGUAUACAUGCAUGCUGGUCCAGCCUUUCAGAUGUGCCUAGUAUCUUAUGAUGUCUCUCAUAUGGUGUGUUUUUAAAGGUGUUUUUGUUCUUUUGCCAACAAAUUGGGAGCUUGAUGUCCGCCUGAUGUCUUGUCCAAAGUUACUGAAGCUGAUCAUACUGUGAACACACCAUAGUGACCUUCCGUAUUACUGCCUGUGUUACCAACACCUUCCUCCUUAAAGCAUGGAACACAUGCUUUUUACCGUGCUAUUUCUCAGACAUACAAUUUUAUUAGAUAACAUUAAUAUAUUAAGAAUGUAAGCUGUUUUUAAGGUAUAGAUAGCUGAAUGAACCUACAAGAGUUUAUUUUAUGCAGACCUUAAUAUCAAGUUAAUUUUCAUUGUACCCUUCCUUAUCUUGCCAUUUAAGUGGUUUUACACACUCCUCGCAUUAUUUUUUGUUUAUUGACCCGUGUGCCUUUGACCCUGAAUUAACUUUGUCUUACUUAAUUCGUUUUUUUGACUUCUGCUUGUUGGUCAGAUGUGUUUUUUUUUUUCGUCAUAUUGAAUACAUCUGAAAUCAUAACAUUCAUAAAAUCUUAGAAAGAUCUACUAGCUAUGCAAAUAUGAUGUAUGAUCAAUAAUCAAAAGCUACUGGAGUUAACACAGAAACAUAUAUUUUAAAAUGUGUGGUAUUAGCAUGUUAAGCUACAGGAUGAUCAUGAUUUUUGUUUUUGGUUACCCUGGAGGUGUGAUUUUUCUCCUGGCAUGUGAAGCUAAAAGAAAUUCAGAGUUGGGAGGCAGCAAAGUUACUUAUUAUGUCUGAAUGCAGCACCCAAAGCCUUUAAGGAGGAGAGAGGUAGCACAGGGUGGGAUUGAACAAAUGUUCAAUUAAAUGUCAAAU